AUGCAUAAAGUACGUCGCAAAGCUUUAUCCCCAUUACUAUGUGAUCAAAAGUGUACUAUGACAUCUGUUUAUAUGGAAACAUAUCCCAAUGAACGUUUAUUAAUAUAUGAUAAGCGAAAAAGUACUUGUGGAGGAUGUUUAAUAAUGUUUGCGUCAGAUGAACAACUGAAUGUAUUAUUCAAUUCUGAUGUAUUAUUUGCUGAUGGCACAUUUAAAAUAUCUCCAAAACUAUUCGUGCAACUGUGUAUUUGUGUUGGAAUGCAGCAUGGAGAAGGUAUGUAUGUUCUUUUUCUUUCUUUCGAAUCAGUCAUCUGUAUAUGUCAGAGAAAAAAAGCAAAAACAGCCUAUGGAUAUCACUGAGGGACAUGCCGCAUACAAAACGAACAGAUAUAAGAAGAAAUAGGUGGCAUCGUCUACUGUUAACUAAAAUAGUCUUAUAUGAGAUCGAAAAUAAAUUUUGUUUUGAUUCAUUCUUUUUACUUAUUUUAGCUGUGCCAGUUUGUUUCAAUUUAAUAUCUAACAGGCCACAUGAAACAUAUGAGGCCAUUUUUCGAUGCUUGAAGAAAAUAGCCUCUAAAAAUGUGUUGCUGUUAAACCAGCAAUGAUUGUAUGCGAUUUCGAAAGAUAAUUUAUAAACGCGGUUUUAAAAGAAGCAUGUCAAUAACUGGUUGUUGGUUUCAUUUUUGGCAAUGUUGUUAUCAUGGGUUUAGCUCUUCUAUUAGUUUAUUAGAUUCGUGUAGUUUUUAAAAUUUUAAAAGAAAAAGUAGGAACUUUUUCUCAGAAAAUCAAAUAAAAACAUUUGUAUCAUACUUUCAAAACAAAUAACUUUACUGAAGGUAUCGGGGAAUGACGUAGUGGUUUUAUACAUCUGAACUUUCGAGAUCAGAAGGUUCGAUUCCUUCCCCUGGCAAAAAUGUGUAAUUGGCAUAUAAAUCUACAUUAUCGAAAAAGAAGAUUACCAACUACUUGAUUAUAUGUACACGACGAUUACAUCAUUGUUUUCUUUGUAUUGUUUGUGAUUAUUGCGUCCUUUCUUCUAUUUCUCUUUUUUUUUAUUCUUUACUACCACUCUAUCUUCUAUGAACAAAUGUACUGAUAGGAUCUGAUGGUCACAGUCUGAAGUAUAAUAAAAAAAGAGCUUGGCCGAAGGUAAAAUGAACCUUCUAUGUUCGAUCGUUCACAUUUUAGCACAGAACAGAAGAUCUUUCUUGCGUGUUAUUCAACGAUACCCACAUAUGUCGAGAUUUAUACAAUGUUCGAAACGGAAAGAGAGCGUUGUAUCUCAUAGAAUGAUUCAAAUAGGUUUAGGCUUUUGCUUUUCAUUAAAAAGAAAUUCUGCUUUUAAUCCUUUGUUUUCCUAACAUCUUAACUGUACAUUCUCUGAUUGAAUAUUUAAACCACAAACUACCGCUAAAAUUACAGAUAUGAGUAGGUUCUUCUUUUAUUUUGGACCCAUAACUUGAUUUCAUGCCAUCAAAAUUACUUCUAUAUUGAUUUCUACUAUCGUGCAUCCUUAGUGCAGUUCUUCUCUUUUGAAUUCAUCAUCUUGUCGUUCAACUUUAUGAGAAUUUGCUCGUCUUCUAUUGUCUAACAAGCGAAACUCAUUAUCAACCCCGUCUUUCUCUCAUUCUCCUAGUCAUCUCAGAAUUUUUUUGCGAUGUAGAUCUUCUUUUUAGCUUCGGCAUUUGUUUUUGAACUAGUUCAAACAGUACUUUUAAUGCGACUGAUUUUAUCCAGGCCAUAUAUAGAUAAUGAAGUAAUAUAUGAUGUAAUUAGUCGUUAAACCCAUGAAUAAAACAAAUUCUCAUUCAGAUUACGCACGUGUAUAUACCAAGUACAGUUACUUCUUAGUGAGAUAAACAAUGAAAGUUUCUUUCUAGACAAAUCUUCGUUAAAACUUGGUGAAGAUGUACUUCAUACGAAGUAAGAAACUCUCAACAAUAUCAAAAAUAUUUUAAUAUUUUUACAAGCAUUUCAUUUGGU